UUCCAUGUCAAUCAAAACUUUUUGUCUUAUCAUAAGUUUGAUAUUGACAAUUUCUUUGCUCAUAGACACGGUUUAUCGUGUUUGCGUUCAUACGAAGGAGAUCAAACAUUUCUAAAGUUAUUACCAGUCGUUUUUUUUCAUUACGCAGCCUUUUCAUACCCGUAGUUAAAUUAAUAUUUAUGAUUUCGUUCCCGUCACCUUGACAAUUAUUCGGUUAUUCGUUCCUACCUCGAUUGCAUACGAUUUAAACGAAAAGAAUUGUCGAUAUAAUUCUUAGAAACAUGCAAACUGCAAAAAUCUUUUUUACGUUGUCUAAAAUUGAGAAAUACAAAAGAAAGAUCAUUGAGUUUAAUGUUGCACGCGUAAUCACGUUACCGUACUUACAGUCAAGUGCAAGAGAUUUCUAUUACUCUUACGAAAUAAAAUAUUACGCAAACACGUGAUUAGAUAAAGACCAGGUUUUUAAUAGAAGAAUAUACUCGCGUGAUUAGAUAAAGACGAGGUUUUUAAUAUAAAAAUAUAUUCGAAGUUCCAUCAGUCCUUUCACAUCUUCUGGACGUAUUCAACAAUUUCCAAGUAACAAAAUAUUCCUACUAGGCAGACGUACGACAGCAAAAGAUUAACAAUGGCUACUUUGGACGUGGCUGGACUGAAUAUCGUGAAAAAGGAACUGCAUGUACCUUCACUCAAUGAAGUAAAAGAUGUGUUGAAAGAAGGCUUAGCUAAAAAUUUCUCAGAGUUCUGUGUUGAAGUUGUCGACUGUCCAGACUUAACGCAAAAACCUUUUACGCUUGCUGCACCAGGAUUGGGAGGUAAUCCAACGGUAUUGGAAAUCGGUGGUCCACCUUUUCUUCUUCCUCUUGUACAAAGAAAUAAAUUGUACGAUAUCCAACAGCUCUUGAAGCAUUUAAAAUGUUGCAACAACCCUUUUGUAAUUGGAGCAGGAGCUGGACCAUGGCCACACAUAAAUUCCAAUUGUGAGCUUAUGAUGAAUAUGACUAUUUCAACAUCCGAAGUAAAAAAUGAAAGUCGUAUCGCAUCUGUUGAUAAAUCAAAUGAAAAAUGUGUAUUACAAACCUUGCCUAAUGAUGAAACAAGAUUAGCUUUAUUGGCCAAUCUAUUUGCUAGCGAAGGAAAACCAGGACAAGUGCUGAAAGUGUAUGCCAAGAAACGUACUGGCAAUGAUGAUUUCAUUGCAUCCAUGCAAAAAGCACUUGCACAACAUUAUAAAAAUAAUCUUGUUGGAUUGGGAGGAACAUUUUUAAUGAACGAUGGAAAAGUUAAACAGCACGUUAUGUCUGACUUUUCUACAGUUCCACUCGACACGGAAACAAAACUUAAUAACUGGUUACGAUUUUACAAUAUGUCAACACCCCUUGUAGCUGUUGGAACAUUUGUCAGUUCUGAAAGUGAUGUCGAUCUUCGCGUCCAACAUUUCCACAGCUUUUCUCAUCACGGCGAAGGAGGUCAUUAUCAUAUCGAUACGACUCCAGAAACUAUUGAAUAUUUAGGAUACUUUAACUUGGGUACCGCGUUAUAUCGCGUAGACCAACCAACGACUGCUCUGCAAUUUGGAAAGGACUGAUCUUUUAAAGAAUUCCAACAGAGAUCUGAGCGUAUCUUAUUGCCACUAUUUUACAAAAUACACAAACGAUUGAAUAAAGACAAUAUAAGCAACCUACUUGAGGACAAAAUUAAUUUUGUUCGUCUAUAUUUAAUUAUAUAAGUAUACAAAUAUCGAGAGGUAAU